UUCAGAUUCUACAUGGUCACUGUGGUAGCUUCCACCUUUUCCUCUGAAAUAUGCAAAACCAAAGCUUCGUAACUGAGUUCGUCCUCUUGGGUCUUUCAUGGAAUCCAAGUGUUCAAAAAAUAGAAUUUGUUGUAUUUUUGUUCUGCUACGUGGCAACUGUUGGGGGCAAUUUGCUAGUUGUGGUGACCAUUGUCAGCAGUCCGAAACUCCUGGGAUCCCCGAUGUACUUCUUUCUGGCCUUCCUGUCCUUCCUGGAUGCCUGCUAUUCCUCUGCAUUUGCACCAAAGAUGAUUGUGGACUCCCUCUAUGAGAAGAAAACCAUCUCCUUCAAGGGCUGUAUGACCCAGGUCUUUGCUGAUCACUUCUUUGCUGGAGUGGAGGUGAUUAUCCUCACCGCCAUGGCCUAUGACUGCUAUGUGGCCAUUUGCAAGCCAUUGCACUACCCCUCUAUCAUGAACUGGAGGCUCUGUGGUAUCCUGACGGGGGUAGCCUGGACAGGUGGCUUCUUACGUUCUGUGAUACAAAUUGUCUUCAUUUUCCAGCUGCCCUUCUGUGGCCCCAAUGUUAUCAAUCACUUCCUAUGUGAUUUGUACCCAUUAUUGAAGCUUGCCUGCACUGACACUCACAUCCUUAGCCUUUUGGUUGUUGGCAGUAGUGGGUUUAUCUGCAUCAUAAUCUUCUCCUUGUUGCUCAUCUCCUAUUGUGUCAUCUUGCUCUCGCUAAGAACUCAUAGCUCUGAAGGAUGGCGGAAAGCUCUCUCCACCUGUGGAUCUCACAUUGCUGUCGUGGUUUUAUUCUUUGUCCCAUGCAUAAUUGUGUAUGCCAGACCUCCAUCUGCUUUCUCCUUCGAUAAGAUGGUGGCCAUAGUUUACACCUUUGUAACUCCCUUGCUCAAUCUUUUGAUUUAUACUUUCAGGAAUAAGGAAGUGAAAAAUGCCAUGAGGAAAUUGUGGACCAGGUUGGUGGUGGUUUCCGAUGAAAAAUAAAACAUUAAACUUAAAAAAAUUAAAUUUCAAUAGGAAAGAAAUCAAAAUGGGCUUGACCAAAUACUUUAUAGGGGCUGGAACCUGUAUUGCUGAAUGUAAUGUAAUGCAACAGAAAAAUACUAAUGGGUAGGGCAGGAAAUGCUAUUUCCACCCUCAGGUCACUCAUAUCUUGGAGUUGGCAGCUCAGUAUCGUCUUAGGGCAUCUGAGGAGAGUUGAAUUUUAUGUUUCUUUAGAAUAUAAUAAUGAAAAGAAUUCACUAAAAGACAGGGAUCAGAUUAUUAAGCUUCUUGCCAUUCAAGCCAUACUUUGAAAAACCUUUAUGGAAAGAAGGGAAAAAAUAUCAGGAAUAGGAACUUUCUGAAGCUAUUUUAACUGAAAAAAAAAGUUUACUUUUAGAAUACUGAUCCUAGUUGAGCAGCCCUGGUGGCACUGUAAGUAAGCCCUUGGCUGCUGAUGUAAGGAGCGUUUGUUCGAAACCAUCUCCUGCU